CACCUUGACUUCAAAUCAAUUACGUCGAGAAGCAGGAAGGGAUCCGGCCAACAGCCACCACAAUCUCCACCACAUGUUCCCACGAUUAUCUGCGAGUUUUCACUUCUAACUACUCGUCCGAUGGAUUUUUCUCUUGAAGUCCUCCACUGUGUUUCCUUAGAAACUGCAAAACCAGUGUCUUCCAGAUUUAUUAGAAAUUUACCCAGUUGACAAGUGUUACGAGAACACGAUUUCGCGAUAGCAUAAGGAACAAACUGUCCCCAUUCAUCAAUGAAUCUUCUAUCAAAUAUGUCAAUAUGA